AUGAUUAAUAAGAUCAAAUUACCAAAUUACCUCCUCCAUCUCCAUGGACCCUUCCUCCUUUCUCCACCUUUCCACCGACCCUCUUCCUCCUCAACCCCCACCGCCUUAUCCACCGCCUAUUCCUCCCCACCGCCUAUUCCUCCCUCCCUCCCCCAUCUCCACCACCACGCUCCUCCUCCCCCUCCACCCACAUCUGCCACCAUCGCCAACCCCACACCUCCCUCUCUCAACCACAACAACAAUCACCCUCCUUACACUGAGAUGAUAAGUUCGGCCAUCACUGCUUUGAAAGAGAAGGACGGGUCGAGCAAGCGAGCUAUCGCGAAGUACAUAGAGAAAGUUUACGCGAAUCUUCUUCCUCCGAAUCACUCGGCCUUGUUGACUCACCACCUCAAGCGGUUGAAGAACACUGGUCAACUUGUUAUGGUCAAGAAAUCUUACAAGCUUCCUAGAUCUGAUGAUGUUGCUGCUUCAAUUAUUCCUCCUGAAAGUAAUAAUGUUAUUCCCGAAAAUGCCACUGCUGUUAGUUCGGCCCAUGGGCCUAAAACAGGCCGAGGACGGGGCCGUCCACCCAAGGCUACUAACAGUGAUAGUGUUUUGGCUUCCCUUGGGCUGGUUGAUCAGCCCAAGCGAGGUCGAGGUCGUCCGAAGAAGGGUGACGUGGUGGUAGUUGCCCCACGUGGGCCUAUGAAGGGGAGGGGUAGACCACCAAAGGCGAAGAAGAGGGGCCCUGGACGUCCGAAAAAGCCGAAAAGUGUGACGGGUAAAUUGGGCCCCGGUCGUCCACCUAAAGUUCAAGCCCAAGAGCAGCUUAAUCCUGUGGCGGUUACUUAUGUUGCAAGUGAUACAAAUGUGCCUGGGGCAAUCCCCAAUGUAGCGAAGCCUAGAGGGCGGCCAAGGAAGAUUGGCGCAACUCUGGCUGCUGCUGGUAGUGUGAAGCAGCGUGGCCGACCGGCAAAGAAGGCUGUGAGCAGUACUGGAAGGCCGGUGGGUCGUCCCAAGAAGAACCCUUCAGGGGCAUUAACUGAAACAGCAGGAGCUGCAGCCAUUGGGGACCUUAAGAGGAAGCUUGACCUCUUUCAAACAAAAGUCAGGCGAGCCGUCAGCCUGUUGAAGCCUCAUUUAAAUAGUCAAAGCCCGAUCAGUACAGUGGCAGCAAUGCAAGAGCUAGAAGCGCUGGCAAUGAUGGACAUUAGCACGCCAUUGAAAGAGGAUACUCAAGUAGCAGAAUCACAGCCUCCACAACAACAACAACAACCACCACCACCACCACCGCAACCACAACCCGUGGCACCACUGGUUCAGACUUAAGAUAAGUAAAAACUGUGCAAAAAGCUUGUGAAUUUAAUUUAUUGUGAUGUUUAGGAACCUGAACCUCAUUCCCUGGAUCAGAGAGAGUUGUAGAAGUAUUCUAACUGAGACACCGGAAGGAAAGAGAAUCUGUAAAAGGAAUAGGAUGAUGUUGCAAAUCUAAUUCUCAUUGUUUGUGAAUUCUAUGUUGUUUGUCCAACUGUGUAUUCGACAUUAGCUUGUGUUUCCAUGUUACUGUAUCCAGA